CGGAGGAGAAGGAGUAAUUAAUAUUACUAUUACUAUGCUAGUAAUAAUUAAAACAUAUUGGCCCCAUCCCAUCCUUUAUAUAUAUACCAAGUGCAUAUAUAAGCCAACGAAGUCUUCAAAGAUCAUCGACCAGCCUGUAACAAGAUGGCAGAUUUGCAUCUACAAAACUGACACAGCUGUUUGGAGUGGUGGCAUCGGAAAGAACGGCGGCAAAAUUGUAAAGGCCAGUAGCGGUGGCACCGGAAAGGGAGGCGGCGGUUGGGUGGUGGUGGAUUUUUUCCGGUGGCGGCAGUUGGGUGGUUUUUUUCCCAUCAAAAGCCGACAGAUUUGCUUGGGUUGUUUUUUAUUAUUUUUCAAUUGUAAAUAGAAUUAGAAAUUCAUUAAGGGCAAUUUUGUCAACUAAUAACAUUUUUAGUCCUAGGAAACAUGGAAGUCCUAUUUGUGCAAUUAACUUUGCUAUUAGUCCUAUUUGAGUCAUUAACUCUUGUAUUUAUGUUCUUGUCAAUAUUGCACUUU